AUGGAUCCCGAGCAAAAGAAAGAGGAGCAGGAACGCCAACAGCAACAACAACAGCAGGCCAAACGUUCGUCGCCGCACAUUUUCAAGUUCGAUGAGCAUCAGAGCUAUUUGAAUCAGCAUCAGCGCAAGGACUCGGCCAGUUCGGAGGUGGCUGCGCUCUUGUGCAUCUCCGGACGCACCAGUCGCAUCUCCAGCGUGGGCAGCCAGGGCUCGGCAGUGAGUCGUCUCUCGGCCAUUAGCUGCGUCUCGCGCUCGCCCUCACCACAUCGCAUGCUGCUGGAGACUUCGUUCUGCGGGCCCAAGCCCGUGGAAGCGGCUGGCGUCGAUGGCGUCGCUAGCAAUGCCUCGACGGCGCCCAGCUCGGCGCAGAGCUUGGGCGAGGCUACGCUGGCGGUGGAGCAGCUGCUGCUGGCGCGCACCAAGCACGACACCACCCAAGUGGUGCUCGCCGAGGGCAUGCAAAUGCAGCUGCCCAUGAGUCCAGCGGCCGCUGCCAGAGCCAGAGCGAAAUCGAAGCCAAUGGUCAUUGGCAAGACGGCCAGCGGCACGGAGUACAUACGCAUCAAUCUGCGUCCGGAUCACAUGUACAGCGACAAGGGCAUUGCGGCCAAUGAGCGCGUCGUCGAGGCGCCCAAUCAGCUGACGCCGGUUUACUCGAAGAGCGCCAAGCCGGCAACGCUUAGUCUGCAAGCUGGCGGAGGCGUCGAGGAGCAGCGGCUAACGCCUACGGCCAGUCCCAAGCCGGCGCGUCAUGCGCUGCGGCUGAGCAGUCGCUCGCCUUCGCCAGCGCCCGCCGCCGUCGCCGCCAGCCCCGGCAAGCGCGGCAGCAGCGAUGCCACCAAGAGCUCCUCGCCCAUUGACUGCAUGGAGCCGCCGCCAGCGCCACCGCCACUGCCCACCGGUGGCGGCGGCACACGGCCACCCAGUCGCCCCAACAGCCGGCUGCGCUACUAUGAUGAGCCCGUCGAGGGCUACAUCCACAUACCGCUGCAUACGCCGCCCGAGGAGCGCGAGGCGCGCACUCUGCUCCAGGGCAUACAACAGCUGGCGGCGCCCUCGCCGCCGCCGCUGCUGCGCACGCCGACGCCCACCCGCACCGUCACCUCAGUCGUCAGCGCUACCAUCAAUAGCCAGCCCGCGCCCGCUGGCGCCGGCGCUCCCAUCACGGCCAGCCAGCUGGCAGCCGCUGCUGCUGCACUGCGUCCAGUGGGUCAGCGGGUCAAGGCGCCGGAACGCGCCGAUCUGAAUGCCAUACAAACGCUGCCCAGCCAGGAGGAGUUCCCAGCUGCCGCGGCCGCUCCAGCUGCAGCUCCAGCUCAGCAGAACGGUCUGGCCGAGAUGCAGCGCCUGCCAUCGGUGGACAGCAAUCAGAGCAGCUGUGAGCCGCGCCUGGUGCAUACGGUGGCCACAGUGAAUGCCUCGGCGCCGGCCAUGGAGGAUGCAGUGGCCAAGGAGCGACGUCGUCUAUUGUUUGCCACACGCUUGGGCUCCGGCAGCCAGGAGCAGAUCUUCUCCACACAGUUCAGCAUCUCCAAGACGGAGAGCCAAUCCAGUCAGUUGUCCGAGCAGCUGCAGCUGCCCGACUGCGCCGCUGGCGACUCGCCAGCCUCCGAUGGCGGCGCCGCCACCGAUGGUCUUCAGCGCCAGAGCACCGUUAUACGCCGGCCAGAUUACGCGCCCAGGAGCAUAGUGACGGCGGCGCCUUCCAGCUCCGAGGAGGAGCAAGCAUCUCCCAGAGUUGCCACAACCGCCGCCGUUGUUGUCAUGCGCGCCAAGCACAAGUCCAGCUCCAAUUCCGAGGAGGAGGCCGCCAGCACGCCGCAGCCAAAGCCGCUGCCACCAGCGCCCGAUGUGCGUCACUCGCGCUAUCUGGAGAACUUCGAUGUGCGCAAGAAGUAUCAUGAGAAUGUGCCAGCCACGCCCACGCCCACGCAGACAGCAGCGCCACCUGCAGUGCCGCGCAAGCCGAAGCGCCAGAGCGUGCCGGAGAACAAGCGUGAGUGCGAUAAGUUUACUAACUAUCGAUACUAUCGAUUGGCUUACAUUUAA